AUGGAGCUCCAAAAUUGCUUACCGUCUAUGAAAAAUGAUUACAAAAUGAAUGAAAUGAACGACCAACAAGAAAUGAUGAACAAUGUACAAGGAUGGAACACAAUGCCAUCACAUGAUAUUAUGAUACCAGUUCCGAUAAAAAUCCAACCACCUAUCGGUAUUAUGGACCAAAAUAAUAUCCAAAUGAAUAAUUCUAGUCCACAUCCAAGCGUCAUACAUACAAGUCCCCAGACACCACAUGGCUUGCCAAUAAAUACGUAUAUUGAACCUGAAUUACCACUAGAGCUGUUGCAACAAGGAUGGAAAAAAUUUUGGAGUAAACGUGAGAACCGGCCUUAUUUUUGGAAUAAGCUGACUGGUGAAUCUCUGUGGGAGUUCCCACCUUUGAGACAGUUUGACGUUAUAUCAGACCCUCUGGGAAUAACAAGCGAUGGUCAACAUAAUGGAACAAAUCCAAUGUUAAUGAAAAAAAGACCAGCAGAAGAAAUAGUUUUGGGCCCUGCGACAAAAAAAAUGAUACUGACUGGUCCCUGGGAACUUGAAAUACCUACAAAUGUUGUUAUAUUUGAGCGAUCGCCAUCUACGCUGUCUCAGCCACAUCCAGAUAUCGAGUUUUACCGUGGAAAUUUGGUAGCAAAAUUAAGACAAUGUUUCCAAGAACUAUGUCAGUCCCGAGAGAAUAUCAAUGCACCAAAAGAAUCCUUCAAUCGUUGGCUUAUUGAGAGAAAAGUAGUUGAUACUGGUACUGAUCCAUUAUUACCUUCUCAAUGCUAUCCAGAAGUGUCUUUAAGAAUGUAUAACGAAAUAAUGAAUGAUAUACCAUUGAGAUUGGCUAAGCCUAAGUAUACUGCAGAUGCCCGGAAACAACUAUCCAUAUACGCCGAGGCAGCAAAAAAUCUCAUUGAGUCUAGAAACACACUUCAAGAGAGUAGAAAAGUUGUAAAAUGGAACACUGAAGAUACAUUGCAGUGGUUAAGGAAGACAGUGGGUGCCACGUAUGUUGAUUUCCAAGAGCGGUUAAACCAUCUAAAGAUGCAAUGCCAACCGCAUAUAGCUCAGACCGUCAAAGAAUCUGUGGAAGGCAUCUGUUCAAAGGUAUACCAUUUAUCUGUCGAAUACGCUCGCAAGGUAAAAGAGAAAAAUAGUGAGCUUUUGAUUGCACAAGGAAUUACAGAAAUGCCACCAGCUCCUGCAGUAUUAACUUUACACAAAGUCUGGUGUUAUCCUGUUCAGUUUGUUACACCUGCUCCGCGUCUUCCACCAGUUGAAUACAUGGCUGACAAAGAACAGACUUAUGUUCGGUUCAAUGGAGAGAGGUUACUCAUCAAUACUGUGUACCUCCAAAAGUUGGAACAAUUGUAUCGCUACAGUUGUUAUGAGGACAAAAAAAUGGAAAACUUUAUGGCCAGAGUUUGGUGUUUGUUGAAAAGGUACAGUGUCUUCUGCUCUAACAGUCCUGAUACACAAGUAUCAGUGCCGGUGCCUAUCCUUGAAUCUCUGCACAGGAAUUUUGGUGUGACAUUUGAGUGUUUUGCGUCACCCCUGAAUUGCUAUUUCCGACAAUAUUGCUCAGCGUUUCCAGACACCGACGCCUAUUUUGGAUCCCGAGGUUCCAUUUUGGAUUUGAAUGCUGUAAGCGGGUCAUUUAUGGUAAAUCCACCUAUACACUGUGAUGAUCUAAUUGACGCGACUCUAAAUCAUAUUGAUCGAUUGUUAUCUGAGUCAAGCGAGCCUCUAUCUUUCAUCAUAUUUUUGGAGGAUGGUGAAACUACAUUUGUCCAGAAGUUAGACACUAGUCAAUUCAAACGUCGUCAGGUGGUUAUCCCAGCUUAUGAACAUUAUUACAGACAUGGUUUCCAGUACAGUGUACCAAAGACAGACGUAAACAUUCGUUCUCCCACAAGUACGUUAGUUGUGUGGCUUCAAAACAAUGCCGGGUGUCAGCGAUGGAGUCCUAGCGAAGACAGGGUUGAAGCUUUGUUGGAAGCGUUCCGUCCAGGACGAGAACGUGAUCGUGACCGUCAGGAACUGCUUUCGCCAACACCAAAUCCUUUAUUAGGCCCCCCGCCACUUCCUGUUUAG